UGAUUUUUCUCUUUUUGAUUUAAAUCAACAUUUUUUUGAGGUGGACUUGACCUUUAACUUCAAAAACUUAUCAAAGGCUAAGAUUUUGAAUUAAGUCUUCAUUCACUUAAAAGUAGAUAAUGGCAAAACAAUAUAAUAUUGUUUAUCAUUCUAAAAGGAUUUAUCAAAUGAAACUUUUAUGAGAUGGAUAUUGGAUAUCAUAAUUAUCAAAUGAAUAAUGUGUUUCUUGCUCAAGGUCGAACUCUGUUCAUAAUGACUUGUAUUAAAAUGUAUUAUCCGGGGUAUCAUCUUGCUUAAGAUUGCUCGAAAAUGAUGGGUUUGAAAGUGACUCGUUUCUCACAGCUGGGUUUCAUAUUAUACUUCAAAUGAUUAUUCCCAUACAUUUCCGCCAGUUCGCUAAUAUCAUGCAAAAUGAUAAGAUCAAAGACUUUGAAAACACAUUAAAUCGUCCAGUCAUUCGUGGAUUUUAUGUCAGACAGACCUAUUCAAAAUAUGAAUCUAAAUAGCAUGUAUAAUUAGAGCAAAAUGAGAAUUAAAUAAAAUGAAUUUGAAAAAGAAAAAUUGCUAUUGUCACAAAAAUACAUAAUUUCACUAUUGACCAACACUAUCUGUAUUCAAACCUUUUCAAAUUGCAAUUAAAGAGAGACGCACUAAAAACACACUCUAAAAAUUAAAUGUUAAAUAAAAAAAUUAAAGGUUGUAGGAGUGACAACUUUUUCUAACCUUGCAUAAAGCUGAAUGCGACAAUUUAAGUGAUGGGUCGAACCUUUCAAAGUGGUAAAUGCAACAUUUAGAAAAGCCUAUCUCUCAUCCAACCUUUGAUUUGUGGAUUUAACAUUUCAUUUUUUGGGGGGGAGUGUACAGAAACCAGGAGCGGGGGGGGGGGGGUAAAUGUUUUUGAAUGGCAGCUUAUUUCAUAACGCGUGACGUCGGAAUUUCGAAAAACAAUUAACAAUAGUUCCUGAAAGUACAACCUGGUACAAAGUCCGUCUCCCAUUGACUGCAUGGAUUCACAUUGACAUUCUAUUCUUGCAAUUGAAGAGGAAAUAUCAAACAACAUUAUGAGUGCGUGAGUUGACAUUAUACAUUUACUACAGACCAUUCUUUGAAUCAUGUCUAAUUACAUUGGAUUGAAUGUUGGUGGAAAAAUAUACAGGACCUCUCGCACAACAUUGACCAGUAUACCAAGGUCAUUCUUUAGUUUAAUGCUUGAUGAAUCUAUACCGUCUGCGAAGGAUGAAUAUGGCAACUACCUCAUUGAUCGAGAUGGGAACAUUUUUAGACAUAUUCUAAAUUUUCUGAGAUGCAAGAAACUUAUCCUUCCAGAAGGAUUCAAUGAGUUUCGUCUAUUGGCAUGCGAAGCUGAUUUCUUUCAGCUUGGCACAUUGAAGGAAGAAGCUUUGAGUGUAAUCGGUAGCUCUGAAAUACUCGGUCUAAAUGUUGGCGGGAAGGUCUACCAGACAACCAAGGAAACACUCAUGAGAGAGCCUAAUGGUUACCUUGCAACCAUCAUAAGUGAAAAGAAUCUUUACAAGUCCAGAGAUAAAGAUGGAAACUUUGGAAUCGAUCGAGAUGGAAAACUAUUUCGCUACGUCCUUAACUUUUUGCGUGAAGGAGCCUUGAUUCUGCCUAAAACUUGGAAUGAAUUCAAUCUACUGGUCAACGAGGCAUCAUUCUUCCAGAUUCCCGCCAUCUGUGAACACUUAAACAGUUUGAGAUAUUUUGGUGAAAACAAUCAUCAGGCAAUAUGCUUUUUCCAUUUUUACUCUUGGCAUGGUAACUACGUGGCAUAUACGAGUCAGUACAAGCGUCGAUUAGAAGGGUUGUUUUCCUUCAGGUUAAAAUCUUGUAAAUACAUUGAAUCUGUAUUUGGUGUUCACGUACUGUCUUUCACAUUGGAUGACUCGCUUGCUGGUGAGUCUCUGGAGUGGUUCUAUCCCAACAGUUCAGGACAUAAAUGUCGCAAAUGCCUCACGUAUCCAGGGAAAGAACAAGAUAUCAUCAGCAUGCUUCAGAUUGCUAGGUACAGCAUCCACCGUUCUAUUAAUUUGAAUGAAGAAUCUACUAAAUAUGAAGUCACGAGUGCCCCUGAAGAAACAUCCAUGUAACUCCACACUACUGAUCAUGAACGUGGCUUCAAAAAUAAGUAUUUUGUCCAAUCUCAGCAGUCUCGUAGCGAUAGCUGAAUUUUUCAGUCACUAUCAGGAUUAACAUUAGUAUAUCUAUAAAGAUUUUUCUUGUGUUCCCGAGCGGCGAAUCCAGCCUGCUUAUGAGCUUGGCUACACCACAUGACUCCCAUUUUCAGAAGAAAUAUAUUGGAGAAGAGAACGAAGAAGAUAGCGAGUUCGAUCAAAAUGACUUUUGUCUUUGACCACCGUGACUAUAAGGAAAAGAAUGAAAAAACGAAACAAAAUCUUGUUAAUCAGUUGAAACAUAUUGUAUAGAACUAAUAUUGUGUACAUACCAUGGGAUACUUAUAACGUCUAAAAUUGAAAAAAAAAGAUUAGUAUUUAUUAUUCAACUGCAUUUGAUUUUGAUAACUGAUUGUAAUUAUCUAACCAGUGAUAUAAUUCACUCCAGUGUAGUAGGCCUAUUUAGAUAAUUUAAUUUUUGAAUGCAUAGCUUUAUGUUAGGUAGUAAAAUUAUUAUUUUUCUUUAUUACCCUGUUGUGGAAUUAACUCCUUUGGAAUAAAACUGUGUUGGAUUUAACUCCUUUUGGUAUAAAACAAAAAUUUACAAUUAAUAUAUACCAACCUUCCCAUUUUUUUAAAAUGCGAUAAGAUACAUAUGAUUCCCGGGUCUACAAUACGUACAUCAACAUCUAAAUUUUAAUUAUAAGUGGAUUUAGCCCCUUUUGGAAUCAAGCUCUCCAUGAUUUAUGUUGUAGGUCUGUAAGUAUUAGCGAACAAGCGGAAGGUCAAUCAUUUAAAGAAAAAACAAUCUCAUGAGGACGGUACUUAGAUCAGGGCCCUUCAGGGGCGUAAAAACGAAAAAAGAUAAUGAAAAAAAAUCGUAACUUUCAGUGUGCGACUACGUCCCCUAACAAUCUGCAGCUACAUGUAACUAUACAGUUAUGUAUAGGUUUCAAAAUAAUUUAUGCCACAUUUUCUCGAUCUCCAAACCCAUGAUCGCGACCCGUGUUUAUUAUUUAAUUGUUAGUAGCAUUAAUCCUAUCAAAAGUAAGUUACAACCGAAUUAUAUAGUAAUUAAGUUAAAUUUUAUAUUUUCAAGUUGGCAUCGAUCUUGGGACGCACGUCGACUAUUAACAUGAUUAAAGUGGAGAAACUUGUGAGUGGAGGAAUUGCUGAUCUCUCGAACUUGAAGAGGCAUUUAACAAAUAAACCAAGUUUAUAUAAAAAUAUACUGUUUGAACCUUCCUACAGAGGCGUCGAUUAUGGGGGGGGGGGGCGAU